CGCUUCGAACAGGAAGUGGAAAGGAAACAAAAUGGCCGAAGUAGCACAACUUCUCGAGCAGGAGAUUCCCGAGGGGCGCCAGCACCUACAGGAGAGCUUUAACAACCUUGAAAAUGUCGCAAAAUAUUGUCGAGAGAAUUAUCUUUCGGCGACCAAUAAGAAACAAGCUUUGGAGGAGACUAAGAACUACACCACCCACUCCCUGGCUAGUGUGGCAUACCAGAUAAACAACCUGGCCACUAACUUCCUUAAACUCCUCGACCUACAACAGAGUCAGACCAUGGAAAUGGAAUCUAGCGUGAAUUAUUUGGCACAGACUGUAAAUAUCCACAAGGAGAAGGUAGCUAGAAGAGAGAUAGGUGUUCUUACCACUAACAGGAACACUAACAGGCCCCUGGGAGUGAAGAAUGGUAUCAUAUUUCCUGAGCAGGCAGAGCGUCCUACAAAGUACCAAAGGAAGGCAAUAGACUACACAGUGUUGGAUGAAAUAGGCCAUGGAGUCAAAGUUCCGGAACAAGGAAUUAUAAAGACAACAAGCAGUGUCCAGAGAGAAAAAACAAGUCGUAGCUCUUCCAUCAGUAGUAAUACGUCCCACCCAAGUAUUCCACCCAACACACGGCCUCCCACACCUCCGCAGGGACGAGGCACUAUUGGAAAGGCAGCAGGGGCAAAUCAGAGUCAGUAUAGGACACCAGCACCCCCCAUAGCUCCGCCAUCCAUCCCUUCCUCACCCUACGCUCCGGGACACAUUGCAAUGCAAAACCAGGCCAGACAGAGUGGAUACGGUCCGGCAGACCAAGUCAGACAGAGUGGAUAUGGUCCAGCAGAUAAUUCAAGACAGAGUAGUACCUAUGGACCGACUGAGGCCCAGAUGAACAUCUUGACCCCGCCUAUUGGUCUAGCUCGUCCUAUGUCUCAGGAUGCCCCUCCACCAUCCUACCCAGGCAUGCAUGGACGCAAAUCACACAUGGUACAGCAGCCAUCUACAGACCUGCCUCCUCCCCCGCCAUCUUUGUCAGAAGCCCGAGACAACAGCCUUGUGGAAGACGACGAAGUGUCCUCUCCCCCACUCCCCCCACCCCCUACAGACACUCCCUCUGUGUACAACCAGGCCCCUCCCCCACCACCGGAGUUCAACGAUCCACCAGAGGACAUUGAUGACCACCCCCUCCCCCCACAGGAAGAGGAUCCAUAUGCUGCUACAGGGCCUAACCUUGGACUGGGUCAGCCAGAUUGGAAACCUGCAAGCUACCUCGAAAAAGUUAUUGCUAUAUAUGAUUACCUGGCUGAUAAAGAGGAUGAGCUGACCUUCAAUGAAAAUGCUGUAAUCUAUGUCACCAACAAAAACGAUGAUGGCUGGUGGGAAGGGGUACUUAAUGGUUUUACAGGACUUUUCCCUGGAAAUUAUGUAGAACCGUGCAUGUGAUCACUGCCAACAAAUCACAAGCAAAGAUGAUGAACAGAAUCAAAAUGAAAUGAGGUUCAUUAUUGUGAACAAGACUCUUUAAGAAACUGACAUGGAAUGUUCUUUGGCUGAUACCGAUUCCUCCAAGUAUUUUGUAAAGGAACAGAGGUUGAUCAACAGAUUAAUAUCAUGCUAAUAUGUUUAACUUAUUCACCCCUGACAUUUCAAACCUCUGAAUUGGAAGAAUUCAAAUGUGUUUCAAGGGGUGAAUGAGUUAAUACAUACCAUAAUGUGUCUAAGUUAUAACAGUGAGAGCCUGUCAUGUGACCAUGAAUCACCUUUAGGAGGAGCUCUACCCAUGUUAUGUGAGAGAUUUACAAUGUGGACUGUUGAAUAACAGGACUUGGAGAUGGAAGAUAAAAUGGUUGGUAAAUUUCGACAACAAGUUGGUGUUACAAUAAGGCAGUAAUCAAGGCUGAAACGACUUUGAGAAAGAAUGAGGAAAUGAGAUACAAAUAUGUACCAUCAACUGUUUGUGAAAUAGUAUCCUGUGGUUGUAGAAAAGAAAUAUAUUUAUGAACUAAUUGCAUGCAGGUGAAUUCUUAAGAGAUGGGAUGGGGUAUGAUUAAUGGAGAAACACUUUUGUUAGGUAAUUUCUGGAACAUGUUUAUUACAGUAUGAAGUUCCUCUGUUUAUUUGGUUUAAUUAAUGAUUAUACACUACAUAACAGUUCUUAAUUCUAAGAUAUGAAGUGUGUCACUUUUAAAAUUGGGCUACUUCAGUUGAAAGUCGUAUUGGCAGGUGAAUGUGUUCAUUGUUCAAGUAUUUUGUAUCACAGUCACAAAUCUUUAUUUAGUUAUAAAACCUUCAAACUAUAUUUCUUGAAAAAAUAUUAAGAAAUUUUAUUUAGAAAGUUUUAGUUAUCAAGUAUGUUUUUAUUGUAGAAGUAAAUGCAUGUGAAACACAUUUCCUGGAAUUUCCUCGGGAGUUAUAUGUGAUCUGAUGAGGACUAGUAGGUCGAAACAGCUGUAUAUUUAUAAUGCAGUAUAUUACCAAAUUGUAAAGGUGCUAUCGCCCUUGUGUAUGUGUUACCUUUUUCUCUCUUAACUUAAGUACUCCAUAUGAUUGUGUAUACAAAAUAUAUUGAUUAUAUACAUCGGGGAGUUGUUUUUCCUGUUGUAAGUACACCAGUAUAAUGAACAUGAAUAGGAAAUACAAGUCUGUCAUCUGGUUUAAUAAAAUUAUCAGAAAUAAUUUCAAAUUUAAUAAUAAAUACCGGUAAAAGGCACAGCUCUAUUUGUAACUUCGAUUUUUACAGAGGUAAUUGUGAGAUUUAGAAAUCAGAAGUGGCAUUCUGCUAUUAAUUUGUACGAUACACAUGACUUUGAAAACAGUUGAUUGUUAACCCAUACACCCCUGACGACACAUUUGAACUCCUCCGAUUCAAAGGUUGGAAUAGUUCAUUGUGAAAUUUCAGGGGUUAAUGAAUACACAUAGUUCUUGUAGAUGCAUUUCUGGUAACAUAAGUGCUUUGCAUUAUUUUAAAGGCGUCAUCAUGACAAUAUUUACAUCUACUGUGUGAUGAACACUUUCUAGAGAAUCGAGUCUCAUACAUUGGUAGUAAGAACACUGUACUGUGGCUGUCUUGCCAAAAACGAAAUUACAUUUUGACGUCUGAGCCUUAGAUGUUAUUUCAAUAUCUUAUCAUAAUUGUUUCUUUUGUAUGUGAUUAUAUUUGUCAUUAUUAUUAUAAUGCAUUCAUUGUCAUUCUUAUCAUUACAUUAUAUAGUCUAAGACUUGGAGGAUUCUCUUUUAUGUCUGCUUAAUGUAUUUCCAUGCUGAUUAUGGAAAGUUGUUUUACAAUGCUUUAAUCAUCCACAGUUAAUUGUGUAUUCGCCAAUGUAUGCAGUAUCCAGAUAAACAUUUAACAGAUCAAAUAAUUAGAUACAACAGAAUCCCAGUUAACUCAAAAUUGGAUGUGAAGAGUAACCUAUAUGAUUUGUUUACAUUAUAUAUGCACAUGUGUUUUGCCUUGAUUCCUCAUUUUUAAAUUCAAACAGAAAUCAAGAUUUUUUAUACUAAAAUUUAAUCUUUGGUUGCAAUCAGGUUCUCUUACAGAAAGUUUAAUUUCAGCAAUAUUCUUUUACAAAAAACAUUAAUUUUUAACAGUAAUGUGGGAUAAUAUUAACAUUGGAUUAGCAUAGUUUUAGGGGAACUGUUAGCUUUUUUUCUCACUGUAAGUCGAAUCUAUUCACCAACAGUUAACAAAAGACUGUUAGCAAUAAUUAAACUAAAACGUUUGGGAGUUGCAUAUAUUCAUAUAUUUAUAUAUAUUUAUCAAGAUAAAAUUUCUAUAUAGCUGCAUGACGUCCGACACAGUUUUACUGAUUUAAUUGUCUGUUCAUAACAAGGUAAGCGGCAGCACUGGACUGCAUGUGUAAUUAGUAUGUAUUACAAAUAAAUGUAUGUGUUAAUAGUUACGCUUGUUGUUUGAAUUUGUCCUCUAUCCCAGAUACUUUUCUCGACUUUCAAUAGAUUGUUUUAUUGUUUGAAUCCCUGCUACACAUGACUGAUUUGUAUUCAUCCUUUUGACUUCAUUUCAAAAUAGAUAUUGUUGUAAUUUAACAUAUCCUUACGUUCAUCUUUUAAAAAAUAAACUGUUGAUAAGCUCCUUAAA